AAUCCAAGACAGUUUAAUUGUUUAAACACAAUAAUUUUUUAUUUUUUCUGUAAUACUCGUGUAGUAGCUAACGUACCAAACGUUUUAUGAAGUGUACUGGAAUGAGUUUAAAACUGGAUUUAGAAUAAGGACUUAAAGGCUUGCAUGAUAACAAGUAUGACUCAUAUUGGUCAACAUAUUUUCGUGAUAAAAAUAAAAGUCUCAACUACAUUCUUAAUUAACAGAUUCAGACAAUAGCAUUCCAACACCAACGCUUUCGACUAAUUCAAUUUAGACAUCAUGCCGCGUCUUUACGUAAACAGCUUUUUGUUGAUUAGCUGUCAACAAGUAUUAAUAAAUUCAAAAUUUUAAAAUACGCCAGGAUUAGCUAGCAUAUUGCAAAAUAGGUGUCAGUAAAUAUGUAUUAGUUAUUAUAUGUGUAGGACAAAAAUUAGUAAAUUUACCUGUUUUUAAAACCUUUAAAAAGUCAACAGACUGACAGUAGUUACAUGGGAUAUAUUGGUUGGAAACAAGGUUUUAAUUAAAAAGGCUCAUAAUACUUUCAUAGUAUAUAAUACUAUUAAAUUGAUUCUCUAAGAGAGAUCAAAAGAAAUUCCUUGUGAGCAUCGAGCCAUUAAAUAUUUAGAGAUAUAUUGCAUUAACGAAUAGCAACUCCAAGCAGAAGAAAGAGGCUCUUGACAGAUAAGCAAAGAGAAAAACAAAAUGGCCACCAAGGCAAAUUGGGAUAUUAUGAUAUCCUACCAUCAUGCGUCUGGCAAGGAGUACAUGAAAAGGAUUAAAGAGUCAUUAUUAAAACAGGAUUACUCUGUUUGGACUGAUGAAGAUCGAGUGUAUGGAGAUUUAGGUGCACGGAUGGCAGAAGGCGUUGCAGGAUCAAAAUUGAUCAUUCUUUUACUUUCAAAGGGAUAUGAAGAAUCUAAAAACUGUCAGAAAGAAUACAACUUGGCCUGUGCGCAACACAAGAAAAUUAUCUGUGUAAUAGUUGAGAAAGGUUAUAAACCUCCAGCAGACCAUGUGCUCAGUUUGAUCCUGGGCAAUAACAUGUACUACCAAUUAUACAGAGGUGAUGAAACAACUUUUCAAAAUCUAUUAAAAGACAUCUCACAACAGCUAUUAGGAGAAGCUCCAGUAAAGACUGAGCCCAUUUUGAAUUUUUGGAUGUAUAAAGACAAAGAAGAAAAUAUCAUUGUUAAGUUUCAUAAUAAAAACUUAAAAACCGUUCAGAGAAUUACUAUACAACAGGACGGUAGUGAUACCAAGGUAGAACUGAAAGAAUCAUCAGACUUUCAUGAAGAAAUGAGAGACAAUAAGCUUGUGUUAACAAUAUAUAAGACAGCUGCUACCCGGUACAUCUUAAAACUUGUCAUAUCGUUGCUGGACAUUGAUGGAAAUAAAAAGAUUCUUGAAGUAGACAAUGUCAACAUUGCCUGCGCUCACAAGUAUUACAACAAAGAAAGUAAAUUUUCUCUCCAUACACAUAAUAGUGACAAAGUUGCAGCAUAUAUCAAGUCAAUUAUCAGCACCCCUGUUCUUGAAACUAACAUUCAGCUGUUCUGUUGUGGAGAAGUAUAUGAAAAAUGUAGAAACGAAUACUUAAGAUUUUCAAGAAAUUAUGUUAAUGAAAACUGCACAUCCAACAAUGCCUUUCUAAAAGAAGCUGUCCAAUUUCCACCACCAAUGGUAAAUGAAGAGAUUUCCAGCUUUGCAUUUCGACUAAAGUCAAUUCUCAGUGAAAUUGGGCACGUGUUUGUGAUCUUCACACAUUACAAUGCCACGGACAAUCUGAGACUUCUAAAUUUAAAUACUUAUUGUGAUCGUGUUCAAGAUUAUAAACACAGACUUUUGCUGCUCCAUCCAUCUCAAAAUACCUUCGUCAACAUAAGAUACACUAAAACUACUAGUGGGUCAAUCAUUGAGGAAGAAUUUCAAAAUGGUGAGGUAGAUAUCAAACAUUUGUUUGCAAUCAAUCAACAAUUUAUCUCUGAUAGUACAUCCAGAUUUAUAAAUGUUGUUGCUGCACCAAAUUUCCGAAAGUUAGAGAACAUCGACGUUUGUGCAAACUGUCAAUUGUUAGAUGAGCCUAUUUUCUCGGACGACACAAAGGUUCAAAAUUUCCUUCUAUCUCUGGGAUUAACAAGAAAAGAUCUUGAUCACAAAAGCAAAGAGCAGUACAUGAACAUAUUGGGUCAAGCAAUGUGUUUCAUGGCUAGUAGGGAAACUGUGAACACUGUUCCAACAAUCAAAGAUGAUAUCCAUGGGAAAAUAUGCACUGUUCUAUUGUCAUCUGAGCAGUCAAAUAUUUUUUUUAACGAAUCUAAAAAGAAAAUUAUUGUUGGACCAUUAGGAAGUGGUAAAUCGGUUCUUGCUUUAUCUCAUCUAAAACAACUUUACGAAUGUUGUGAAGGAAAAUGCACAAUAUACUAUGUCAUGUGGAGUGACAAAACAAUACUGCUGAAAGGUAUUGAAAAAUUUGUCUCAAAAUUUCAAUGCAACAAAAAUAUCACUUUGAAAGUAAAGAAUGCAAUUGAAUUAGCAAAAGAGCUCAAUCUCUUUAAACUUCCAACCUUAUCCCAAUUAUUACUGUUGUUGUUAAAGAAACACGGUGGUAUGUCAUUUCAUUUUAUAAGUGACGAAGUUGAUGGAGCGAUGUUUGACAAUCAAGAAGCUUUAUCGCUGAAGCAGAUUUUGGAGAGGGAAGUGGCUUUAAAGAAUUCCAUGAUUGUGUUGUUUCUGCAAUCUUUGGAAAAGCACAGGAUAUUGGUUUUAUCUGGAGAAUCAAAAGGCCAUGAUAAAUACAAGUACGAAGAAGCUGGUAUGCGUGUGUUUUACCUCAAUAAAUCAAUGCGAACAACGAAGAAAAAUUUUAACUUCUUGGUACAAUUUGAGAAGAAAAUUUCCGGGAUUGAAUCAGUUAUCAAACAUCCUGUUCAGGACAAAAAUCAUGAAAUAUCAUCAGCAAAAUCUGGAACGACCAGCUCUACCAUUCAACAAAAUUCAAAGCAGCGUAAAGUCUUAGAAAUUAAGAAUUCACAAGUAGAAUCAGCCGAAGAAAGUAAAAAGAUUUUUGAAGAACCAGUGGAUAUAGAGGAAAUUGCAGCUGCCUCACAUUAUCCAGAUGUUUCUGAAGAUAUCAAAACCCUAACCAAAGUGAAAUGCAACUCUGCGCAAGAAGUUGGACAUAACAUUGAAGGUACAAAGCCAAUACUGAUACAUCUUAAUUAUGAAAAUGAAACAGAAGAAAAAAGUAUUGUCAUGUUAGCUCUCUCGUUGGAACACUAUCUAGAUCGUGUUAAUAUUAAACGUUUAUUUUUUCAUAACACUGUGGAACAAAUGAUCACGUUUCGAAAAGUUUUGGAUUUAAUCAGAAGGGAUUAUUUUGUUUAUAACAAACAAACUGAAUGGAGUGUCAUCGACCGCUGCAAUAAAGUGUGUGAUCUUCCUGCAGACGUGGGUUAUAAUAUAAUAACCGACGUACACGGUAGUAGAGGAACAGACUUUUGUGAAACCGUAUGUGCUAUUGACGUAAAUGACACUAUGUUGCGACACAAGACGUUAGAAGGCAUGUCCAGAGUAACUGAACGCCUGAUAAUUGUUUGCGCGUGUAACAUACAGUCUGCUACUACAAAUUCAUCAACUGGACAUAUCAUUAAAGAUCUGUUACCAGAGUACCUAAAUGAGGUUUCUGUUGAAUGUUGCAAGAAUUCAAACGAAAAUUACAUUGAAACACAAGUUAAUGACAGAAAAUCGAUAGGAUAUGUAAAUACAAAUUCGCGUAGAUUCAAAAAUCUCAUGGAACGGAUAAAGAAAAUUGAAUAUAAAAAGAAUGAAUCAGAUGUGCAUGAUUUCGCGCGAGUUAUACGUAAAAAUUUCCAGCCUCCAACAAUCAAUGUGAGCUGCAAUUUUUCAAACGACAAUUCCUGUACAAUUAAUUGGAAUGAGGAAGGAUAUCGUUACGUAAUUGAAAUGGAAAACGACAGAUCACAAUGGCAGAACGUAGAACAUAUCAUCACGUUUGGUGGAUGUGUUAUCAAUAAUUUAGUUGUUGGAAAUAAAUACAAGUUUCGUGUUUUGGCUAGUAACGACUCUGGUCACGCUCAAAGUGUUGUAUCGUAUCGACAUGUAAACAAUCUUCCAUCAACUCUUGCAGAUAUGUCUAUCACUUUUAAAGAUAUCGUGAAAAUUAUUAAAUCUAACGAUAUCGAGAAACUGAAAAAAUUACUAUCCAUUCAUCCAAACAUCGUUCACAUGAGAGGUAACUAUGAAUUCACACCAUUGUUGUGGACAGUACGUUGCACCGACAAUACAUCAAUGGUGGAAAUACUCAUCUCAUAUGGGAGUGAUGUUUGGGCGGAAGAUAGAUGGAAACGAAACAGUUAUCAUUUGGCUGCAAUUGAAAAUCGUCACACAAUAUUAGAUAUGUUAUGUCGACAUGAUGUAACAAACAUCAACCGUGGAGAUGUUAACAACGUCACACCAUUACAUUAUGCUGCAAUGAAUGGUCACAUCUCAUGUGUUGAUGUUUUGUUGCGUCAUGAAAAUAUUGAUGUGACAAUCAAAGAUGGAGGUGGAAACACAGCUUAUGAUUAUGCUGGAUGGAUGAAUGGACAAAAGCGGGAAAUAAUAAGACGAAAAAUAAAAGAAUACAAACAAAGAAGGAGGAGAUAAAUGUCCCAGGACAAAAUAACAAUCAGGGCACCAGAUGACGAACAAGUUUGCAGUUAAAUUUUUUAUUCUAUUUAUAUUAGUCAUUUAUAUAUAUUAAUAUGUUAUACAUAUAUAUAUUUAUUUUAAAUAUAUCUUUUUGUAUAUAUGUCUAUAAUAAAUUAUUGCAAAUAUGAAUCCAUGUUGUUUUUAGUUUUAUAUUAUUUAUUAUUUUUAUAUAUAUUUAUACUUUAUUUAUAUUAGAACAAAUUUAUAAGAACAAUGAAGCUGGAAGUGGCUGAAAAAUAAGAACAAAGGGAAAGGCUGAAGUUUUAAUUUUGUGUUCUUAGCGCAAAAAAUGGCAAAUUACAGAAUAAAAUGAUUUUAAGUAGUUUAUCAGAUUGUGUCUGACAGAUUUAUCUGAUUUGAAAAAAUCUUUUUUGUAGUCACAAUCUGAAAAGUUACAAAGUUUUAACUUUUUAGAUUUUAAACAGAAAUUUUAUUGAACUUUUAAAAGGGGAAAAAGGUUAUGGAACAUAAAAACUCCGCCGUACAAAAACAAAGGGUGAGAAGGCGAAGGUAAUCGUCCAAAUUUGUGACAAAUUAGAAAUGAAACAAAGUCUUCUCUUUCACUGUGUUCGUUGUUUUUGCCUUUCCAGUAAAACAGGUAUUUCGAUUGCGGCAGCCUUUUCGAGGUGAGAAGCCAUGUUAAAAAGAGAAAAAAAUAUUUGCGACAUCUGACACAAAUGUAAACUUUAGAAUGUGAUAUAAUUAAUGAGAAAACUCUUCAGAGAAAAUCUGGUAAUGUAAAAGACGCCGCUCUUGGAUUAACAUGUAAUUAAAAAUCAGCGUGAAGACAAAUUUCAUCGUUCUUAUAACGCAUUUUUUAGCAAAAACAUUAGAAUUAAAUUUAAUUUUUACCAAUCGUACAAUUCCUUUCUUUCACACUGUCUAUAGUAAAGGUGAUCAGAAUUUUUAUUAGCAGAAUUUUCAGCUAUUCUCUGACCUUCCUUGUGAAUCCACUCAUUUAUAUAUAGCAUUGUGUUAUAUCAAGUAUUUUUAUAUACCUCUUUAUGUAUGAGUUCGGGUGAGUUUUAUAAAAUGUAUUUGAUUUGAUUUUGAUUUACGGUGGAACAAUUUUUGUUCGAUUUUUUUCGUAUCAUGGAAAGAUACAUGUUCUAAGUCACGUGGUUUUGCUGCAUCAAAAUUGUCUCGUUCCCAACUAAAAAGGUUUGACUGCUAUAUUUUACGUGGCGUAAUGAAACUCUCACAUAGCUAUAGCCUCGUUUCGAUAUGAUUUCAUUAUUGCAAAGAAAUCUUCAUACGGAGAAAAUUUCUUUGCCUCCUUUCUAAGUUAUUUACCUUUAAAAAUUAAUUGCUAGUCUCGUUUCCAUGCUUUUUUCGUAAUUAUAACCAGAAGAUGUGCUGUGGAGAGCUUGCAGAGACGAAGACUUUUUUCAAGUAUUUGUUUACAUAUAAAAUUAUCGCUAAUAUUUAUUUAUUUAUUUAUUCAUAAGGAAUACUUAUACAGGAUUUUUCCAUUCAAAAUUAGUAAAAUAUACAAAAUAUAUAUAAUUACAAAA